CUUAUUACAUUUCCAAGUCGAUAAACGCAUCGCCUUGACAUGGAAUUCAGAGAUAAUUACUCCGCAAUUGCCGAGGCGAAUAAGCAGCGAAGAAAGCUGCAGAACCGGAAGAACCAGAGAGCCCGUCGACAACGAAUUAAGGGUAAAGACUUUGGGAUAGAUCAAGUGUCGAGUUCAUUUGAGGUCAGGCGCUGGCGCGUUGAUGAAGUUGAUGAUGGCUGUCCCCAAGACACAGAUACAGACCCAACUGCCGUGUCCAUAAACUACCAUCCGUCUUGCACACUACCCUCCACUACCAAGAGCGUCACUGCCGUUCAAGCACCAUCAUCCACAGAUCAGAUCGAUCAAGUCAUGACCAUACACUCAACCCCCCAGCCCAUCAACAUAAACUUUCCCCUUCCUUCCGACCAGCUCCUCCAUCUCAUCCAGUUCAACGUCUACCGCGCCUUCAUCUCCAUCAAACGCACUAUCAAUACAAUAUCACUAGACCCAACAACCUGUCCCGUCUUUGGCCCCUGCUUGGACGACACAACCCGCUACCCCCCAAACCCCAAUAUCCCUUCCUCUCUCGCCCCUACUAUACUACAACAAACUCAAUACCAUUUCCCCUGGAUCAACAUCAUGCCGUUCGCCCGCCUCCGCGACAAUCUUAUCCGACGCGAAGGCCGCUUCGACAAUUUCGAAUUAUGGCGGGAUCUCGUUGGCGAUCUUAUGAGCUAUACAGCAGCUCCUUGGCAGCGAGGAACACCGUUUAGCUUCUCUGCCAGUACCCCCGAGACGGAACAGCCACGGGGGUUCAUGUUGGAGAAUUACAUAGAUACGGACGAACUUACGGCCGGACGCAAUGGACUCAUUAUUUGGGGUGAGCCGCACGACAUGCAGAGUUGGGAGGCUACACCUGGCUUUCUUACUAAGUGGUCAUGGGCGGUCGAGGGGUGUGAAGAGCUGGUUGAAGUUAGUGAUCGUUGGAGGAUAAGAAGAGGGGCGGAGCCUAUGCGUCUGCCGACGUCGGUAUUGGGGACAAAUGCCUAAUAAUGACUUUGUACUUUGUAAAUUUGAAGAAGAGUAAAAUAAAUUAAAACACAGCUAAUUACGUAUGAAUCUAGUCACCCCAGUACUAUGAGAGCUUAAAAUGUUGAAUUUGUUACUCUCCUAUAUUAAACCUGACCACCUGCUUGCCUCCUGCUACCUGACCUGCCCGCAAUUUAUCCAGUCCCUCAAGCACACCAUCAAAACCGUUCUUGAGUUCAAUCGUCGGGAUAGGUUUCAGGAGAUGAGUAAUUCGUGGUAGACUUUCAUAAAAGCGAACAAGGGCCGCACGAUCUUGCGGCCUGGCUUCAAACUUGGGUCCAAUUGGCGGUAACCACUGAAAGGCAUGCCCCAUAGCCGUAUACGACAUGACAAGGUCGUAAGUUACACCAGGAGUGCUAGAUUUACCAUUCGGCAGAAGCGUAACCACCUUACCGCCACUGGGCUUGAGCACCGCGGCGCAGAUGGAUGUUGAUUUGCCCUCGGAGAAACAAUCCACCGCCUUUGUGAUCUUGGGGUACUCUUUGAUGAUGUCUUCUGCGACGGAGGGUGAAUUGUAGUCGAAUACGACAUCGGCGCCGUAUUGCUUUACUAGCUGGAAUGAACGGGGCGAGGCAGUUGUGACUACUGUGUACCCAGCUGCCUUUGCAAGCUGGAUAUGGUAUAGGCCUGCACUUGUUGCUCCGGCGUAAAUGAAGAUGGCUUCAUUCUUGGGAGUAGCAGGUUUAGUAUCGACGAAAGGGAUCCCGUGAUGGACAUUGAGGACCAGCAUGGCUGUCACAGCAGAGACUCCAUAUGUAGUUGCGUCUGUAUCACUGAUGUCAUCGGGGACUCUCCAGGCCAGAUCCGCAUCAAUCUUCAAGUACUCUGCGAAGGCGCCUUUGUCAGGAUAUAAACCGCCGUGAACAGCGCCAGCGACACGAUCGCCGACCUUCCACCUAUCUCUGACAGAGUCACCGACUUGAUGAACGACGCCUGCGUAAUCACAUCCGAUGAUCGAGUUGGUGGGAGAGAUAAUGUCGAGAUGCUUGAAGUCGGUAGGGUUCAGGGCUACAGCUUUGACUUUCACGAGGAUUUCGUUGGAGGAGAUGGUGGGAAUGGGUACAUCGUCCUGGACACGGCCACCCUGGCCUCCGAUGGCCUUUGCGCGUGUGGCGUUGAUGAGUCGUGUGACGAUGCUGCGAUUAGAGACUAGAGCUUUCAUAGUAGUCAUGAUGAUAAUAAAGAUUUAGAAUAAAAAGACGUAGAACUUAAUAGUACUGAUCGUGGGUUUUAAUGAGUACCAUUUAACCUAUUUAUUAGAGUUGGAAGCAAAACGCAUUUAUCAACCCCCCGUGGAGUAUGAC